AUGAGCCAGAUGGCCGAGGCAAGAGGACGAGAUACGGAAACGGCCACCGAGACUGUUACUACCGACGGUCCAGCAGUGUCUACCGAGAUUCAUGUGGUAACGGAAACCGAAAUCGUGUCGUCCACCCAGUCGCGGGUUGUUGAAUUGACCUAUAGCGUUACCGGCAUGGUAACCGUUACUCAGACGGUCACUACCACUCAUACAGUCACCACACCUAUAAGCACCGUCGUGCGGAAAGCCAAGCGCGACGAGCCAGAAGUCCCAGGCUAUGCUUCGAAGUGCAAAUCCUUCGCUGCCUAUCAGUCUGCUUGCUCGCGUUUGGGUGUUUUCCCUACUACGGUAAGCGUGGCUGAAUCAACCGCCACUGUUACCGUGACAGAGACACUCGUACCGGAGUGGACGGCCACGGGCACCACCACCGUCACCGUCACCGAGAGUGCCGUCGAGACCGUCGAUAUCACGACCGUUACUAGCUAUACUUUCACGACAAGCACUGUCACGGCCACCGCGACAACCACAGCUAUCGUUAUUCCUCAGCUCGAGAUUCUGGGCGCUACCUUUGGCACUGCCGACAUCACCUCUUAUGCUCUCACCAACUGGAAGGUUGGUAGUAACAUCGUGAUCAAUACCAACAAAGCCUAUACCGAUAUUGGCUUGAAUGCCCCCGGUGAUUUGAUGACGGGCCAGCCUAGAUCCAUUACGGUACUAUACCGCUGGGGCACCGAGGUCCGUUCCUGGGUCGGCAGGUGGAAUUCGGGCACAUACACCAUCACUCCCACUCCUAACUCAGCGGCCCCGUCCGGGAGCCUUGUGGUCCCCAACUAUCCUCGUCCCCAGGGUAUUACCUGGAUCCAGAUCCUCGAGGUCAACUACGGUCUGGGCCAGAAUAGAAACCAAACCCUCUGGAACAAACUCUACCUCGAUGCCGCGGCCGGCGUUGGGACGCCGCUCAUCAACGAGAACUUUGGAGACACGUGGUACAGCAUCGAAAAGUCGGGUGUAGUCUGGUACAGGGACACUCGCAAUGGCCCUGAUGGUCCCUUGCAUCUGGCUGCGACACGCGAGGGUCGCGAUCUCCAACUGAUGCGCGCAGAUGGCAGUUUCUCGUAG